AUGGCUCCCAUUGCCAUCUCCCCUGAACGUGAUGUCUCGAACUCCGCCACUCCUUCCCUCUCUUCAAUCACCACCGCCUACGACGAUACCCUCCGCUUCUACCUCAAUGGCACACGCGUCGUAAUUGACGAUGUCGAUCCCGAAGUCACCCUCCUCGAGUAUCUUCGCGGAAUUGGCCUCACAGGCACGAAACUGGGAUGUGCUGAGGGUGGUUGCGGCGCUUGCACAGUAGUUGUGUCGCAAUUCAAUCCUACAACGAAGAAGAUAUAUCAUGCUAGCGUUAAUGCUUGUCUGGCACCGCUGGUCAGCGUCGACGGAAAACAUGUCAUCACCAUUGAGGGGAUUGGAAAUGUGAAGAGGCCCCACCCUGCGCAGGAGAGGAUUGCGAAGGGAAAUGGGAGUCAGUGCGGUUUCUGCACACCAGGCAUAGUGAUGAGUUUAUAUGCCUUGCUUCGAAAUAAUUCGAACCCUUCCCAGCAUGACGUUGAAGAAGCCUUUGACGGCAACCUCUGCAGAUGUACAGGCUACCGUCCGAUCCUUGACGCUGCUCAGACCUUCAGUGUGGAGAUGUCAUGUGGCAAAGCGAAAGCAAACGGUGGUGGUGGAUGCUGCAUGGAGAAUGGAAAAGGCAAUGCUUCUGGAGGAUGUUGCAAAGGCAAUGGCUUCAAGGACGAUCAGCCAGUUAAACGAUUUACUCCCCCUGGAUUCAUCGAAUAUAAUCCCGACACUGAGCUUAUAUUCCCUCCUGCACUUGUCAAACAUCAGUUCAAGCCUUUAGCAUUUGGGAAUAAGAGAAAGAGGUGGUAUCGCCCCGUCACCCUGGAACAGCUUCUAGAGAUCAAAAGCGUCUAUCCUUCAGCUAAGAUUAUCGGAGGAAGCUCAGAAACUCAAAUUGAAAUCAAGUUCAAGGCCAUGCAAUAUCCCGUAUCGGUUUUUGUAGGGGAUAUCCCGGAACUACGUCAAUUCUCCUUCAAAGACGAUCAUUUGGAAAUUGGCGGAAAUGUCGUUCUUACCGAUCUGGAGUCGAUUGCCCUCAAAGCCGUCGAGCAUUAUGGCCCUGAGAGAGGCCAAGUUUUUGCUGCUAUUCACAAGCAGCUCAGAUACUUUGCUGGCCGUCAAAUCCGAAACGUUGGCACCCCAGCCGGAAAUCUUGCAACUGCAUCUCCUAUAUCCGAUCUCAACCCCGUCUUCGUGGCAUCAAACGCGAUACUGGUGGCCAAGUCACUAGACAAGGAGACUGAAAUUCCUAUGUCGCAAUUCUUCAAGGGUUAUCGGGUGACCGCUCUUCCUCAAGAUGCUGUCAUAGCCAGCAUCCGAAUCCCAGUAACUAGUGCGAAGGGGGAAUAUUUCCAGGCGUACAAGCAAUCGAAACGCAAAGACGACGACAUCGCUAUUGUCAACGCCGCACUUCGAAUUUCUCUGAACGACUCUCACGUGGUUGAGAGCGCAGAUCUUGUUUACGGAGGAAUGGCUCCCACUACGAUUGCUGCCAAGAAAGCCAAUGCCUAUCUCGUAGGGAAGAAGUUGACUGACCCUUCAACCCUUGAAGGCACCAUGAAUGCGCUCGAACACGAUUUCGAUCUCAAAUUUAGUGUGCCAGGUGGCAUGGCCACAUAUAGAAAGUCAUUGGCGCUUGGAUUUUUUUAUCGCUUCUAUCACGACGUUCUUUCGAAGCUUGAGGUUAAAGAGACUGAAGUUGACAAGGAAGUUAUCCCGGAGAUUGAGAGAAUGAUCUCAACCGGCAAGGAAGAUAGAGACGCAACAGUUGCUUACCAACAAAACAUCCUCGGCAAGGCAAAUCCUCAUGUUGCUGCUCUCAAACAGUCCUGUGGAGAAGCUCAGUACACCGAUGAUAUUCCAGUUCAGAAGAAUGAGUUGUACGGUUGUUUGGUGCUUUCAACCAAAGCCCGUGCAAAGCUCAUUUCUGUCGAUUUCUCUCCAGCCAUGGAACUUCCUGGAGUGGUCGAUUUUGUGGACCAUAAUGACAUGCCUAGUCCGCAAGCCAAUUACUGGGGGGCUCCUGUCGCUGAUGAGUUGUUCCUUGCAGUCGACGAAGUCUACACAGCUGGCCAACCAAUUGGCAUGAUCUUGGCGGACAGUGCAGCUCACGCUGCCGCUGGAGCGAGGGCUGUCAAGAUCGAGUACGAAGAGCUACCUGCGGUAUUUACGAUGGAGGAAGCGAUUGAACAAAAGAGUUUCUACGAUCAUAACCGAUAUAUCAAAAAAGGCGACACAGACGAGGCAUUCAAGAAAGCUGAGUAUGUUUUCACCGGUGUUAGCAGAAUGGGGGGCCAAGAGCACUUCUAUCUCGAGACCCAAGCUUGCGUUGCGGUACCGAAGCCAGAAGACGGAGAGAUGGAGGUUUUCGCCAGUACUCAAAAUCCGACAGAGACCCAAAUGUAUGUUGCUCAAGUAUGCAACGUCGCUGCCAACAAGGUCGUCUCUAGGGUCAAGCGCAUUGGUGGUGGGUUUGGAGGCAAGGAAACCCGUUCUGUUCAAUUGAGCGGUAUCACUGCUCUUGCCGCAAAGAAAAUGGGUCGCCCAGUCCGCUGCAUGCUGAACCGGGACGAAGAUAUGAUCACAUCUGGUGCGAGACAUCCCUUCCUCGCAUAUUGGAAGGUUGGAGUAAAUAAGGAUGGGAAACUCCAAGCCCUUGAUGCAGACGUCUACUGCAAUGCUGGAUGGUCACAAGAUAUCAGUAGUGGUGUCUGCGACAGAGCACUAUCACACAUAGAUGGCUGCUAUCUUAUCCCCAAUGUUAACGUUCGAGGACGUCUUUGUAAGACGAACACCGCAUCAAACACUGCGUUCCGUGGUUACGGUGGUCCACAGGGCAUUUGGAUCUGCGAGUCCUACAUGGAGGAGAUAGCAGAUCGGCUUGGGAUGCCGGUCGAGAGAUUGCGAGAGAUCAAUUUCUACAAAUCGAACGAAGAAACCCAUUUCAAUCAAAGCCUGAAAGACUGGCAUGUACCAAUCAUGUACAAGCAAGUCCAAGACGAAUUCUCGUACGCAGAACGACGAGAGGCGGUAACGAAGUUCAACGCAACUCAUAAGUGGAAGAAGCGUGGUCUAGCUCUCAUACCCACCAAGUUCGGUAUCUCUUUCACUGCUCUUUUCCUCAAUCAAGCAGGUGCUCUUGUUCACGUCUACCAUGACGGCUCGGUCCUGGUUGCUCACGGUGGUACGGAGAUGGGACAAGGUCUACACACGAAGAUGACGAUGAUAGCUGCCGAAGCUCUCGGAGUCCCACUUUCCGAUGUCUUUAUUUCAGAGACGGCAACCAACACUGUCGCAAAUACCUCGUCAACGGCAGCAUCUGCUUCUUCAGAUCUCAACGGCUACGCGAUAUUCAACGCCUGUGCCCAGAUCAAUGAGCGAUUGGCGCCUUACAGGGAGAAGCUUGGCAAAGAUGCGACGAUGAAAGAACUUGCCCAUGCUGCAUACUUUGAUCGAGUCAACCUGUCAGCGAAUGGAUUCUAUAAGACGCCUGAUAUUGGCUACGAGUGGGGUGCAAACACAGGACAAAUGUUCUUCUACUUCACUCAGGGUGUCUCCGCCGCAGAAGUCGAGAUUGAUACAUUAACUGGUGACUGGACUUGCUUGCGAGCUGACGUGAAGAUGGAUAUCGGGCGCUCCAUCAACCCGUCUAUUGACUACGGCCAAAUUGAGGGCGCCUUCGUGCAAGGGGUGGGCCUCUUCACGACCGAAGAAAGCUUGUGGUUCCGUGGCGGACCGAUGAAAGGUCAGCUCGCCACUCGCGGGCCUGGUGCCUACAAAAUCCCUGGAUUCCGAGAUAUCCCACAGGAAUUCAAUGUUUCCAUGCUGAAAGGAGUCCAGUGGGAGAACCUGCAAACCAUCCAGCGAAGUAGAGGUGUUGGUGAACCACCACUUUUCAUGGGUAGUGUGGUAUUCUUUGCGAUCCGCGAUGCAUUGAAGGCGGCACGGAAACAGUAUGGUGUCCAACCCGAAUUAGGGAAGGACACGAAAGGCGAUGGACUCCUAUGUCUGGAGAGUCCCGCCACGCCCGAGAGAAUCCGGACUUCUUGCGCAGAUCCUAUCUUGAAGAGGGUGCUUGUAAAACCGCAGGAGGGCGAGAAGAGCUUCUUUAUGGCGAUCUAA